UUGUAUUUUCAUCAAGUUUGAAAAAGAUCAAUAUCCCUUAACCAUUAUCAUAUUGAAUCAAUGAUGACAUCCCAAACUACCCUUGAAAAAAAAAUUGUGGAGCUAGAAAAUUCAAAGCAAAUACCCCAAAAUUCACGACCAAAGAUACAAAGGGUGCAAGAGUAUCUAAGAAAUAGGAAAAACUUUGAGAAGCAUUACUCACCCAAGUUAGUGUCAAUAGGUCCUAUCCAUCAUGACAAUCCAAAUCUGAAGACAGGAGAGAAGUACAAGCUUAUGUGGGCCGCAAAAUACCUCGAGAAUAUAGGCCGCAAUCCACGCGAUCUACACAAAAAGAUUGCCGAUAACAUUAAUGAACUGAAGGGUCAUUUUAGCGAUGAUGUUUUAACUUUAACCGGCCAGUCUCUUGAAGACUUUGGUAGCCUUGAAGAAAAGCUGUCGUGGAUGUUGUUUGUGGAUGGAUGUUCUUUGCUACAUAUCUUGGAGAAAGCCAAGCUUCAUGUACCAGGGCAAAUGAAUAUUAAGGUUGAUCAACUGGUUCUUGUGAUGAUGGAUGUGCUUUUGUUGGAGAAUCAACUUCCUUAUGAAGUCCUCAAACUAUUGUGGAAAGAUAGCGACGAGAGUGAAUUGAUAAAAAGCAUGAAGAAUUUCCUCAAAUGUCAUCAUUGGGCCACACCAGAUAAUAAGAGGAACAGGAGGAAGCGACGCAAUCAAGAGACUAGCAAUAUAGUUCCAGACAAAACAGGAAAAGAACAACAUAGCGUAUUGAUAACGAAUGAGUCAGAGACACCAUCAGAGAAGGAGAAGGACAUGGUUCCAAAAAGAAAAGGAGAAGGAGAACAUAGUUUAUCAAUACGAAAUGAGUCACAGUUAGAGACACCCUUUCAUCUUCUUGAUCUUCAGCGUAAUAUCAUCCUCAUUACAUCUACAACCAAGAUUAACAAAGAGAGUUGGAGUCAGAAGAGUUCAGAUGAAAAGGUCAAGAUGAUGACAUACCGGAACAUACAAGAUCUAAGAGCUGUAGGAAUAAGACUUAAGUCAAGCAAGACACGAAGGCCAAGAGACAUAGAUUUCUCCGAAGGAUUGUUCGCUGCAGAACUGACUCUUCCUGAGAUCGUUGUGGACGACACUUCAGCCGCUACUUUCCUCAACCUGAUAGCAUAUGAGAUGUGUCCAGAUUUUGACAACGACUACGGGAUUUGUUCUUUUGCAGCUUUCAUGGACUCGCUUAUCGACAAUCCUGAAGAUGUCAAGUUACUAAGAUCAAAAGGGAUUUUGCUCAAUUCCCUUGGGAGUGAUGAGGAAGUUGCUGAACUUUUCAAUAUCAUAAGUACUGACUUGGUACCUAACUCAGAAACAUAUUUUGAAGUUAGAGCCAAAAUACAUGAUCAUUAUUGUAAUAGAUGCAAUACAUGGAUAGCAGAGGGUUUUCACACUUACUUCAGCAAUCCUUGGGCCAUUAUUGCAUUCAUUGCUGCGUUUACUGCCCUUGUUCUUACUUUCAUUCAAACAUGGUUUACGGUUAACCCGGCUAGCAAAUAAAGGUGGUUCGUUAUGGCAAUGUUGCUUUCAUACAAUUAAAAAUUCGUAACAAAAAUAGGUCGAGUAUGUGUUGGUAUUGCACCGUGCAUAAUAAUUGUCUUCUGGUAAGGCAAGUAGUGUACUUUACUUCUCUGUGGAUUGUUUUGAAUUUUUGCGUUAAGUUGGUGUGUCCCUUCAUGAGUCUUGACUAUGAGUAUCUCAGAAAUAAAGAGUGCCUUUUCUGUGUUGUUUGUUUGAA